AUGUCGACUACGGACGAGACCGGGUCUGCUACGACUUUGACUAGUCCGAGUGUUGAUGAGCCGUCUUUGCCUUUACCUUCAUCUUCGUCUGAGACCACAUCCGAUAUCUCCACCCCACCACUCAGCCCACCCGUAACACCAAGCGUUCCACCACCUUCAUCUCCGCCCGUCUCACCAUCCCAACCACCACCCACCACACCACCCGGCGGCGGCGACGAUGACGACGACGACGGCCCUCCGCCGCCAUCCUCUUCGGAUCCCGGCUCGAGUGUCCCGCCGAGUUCGACGCCGAGUAGUGAGAGUACGGAGCCUACGAGUGAGAGUACCACUGAGAGUGUGACGGAGAGUACUGCUACGGAGAGUUUGACUAGUGUUUUUGAGAGUGCUAGUGUGAUAACCUCAGAUGGCGUUGAAGUAACCACGCUGAUCCAAGUCACGACCACCAUUGAGCCAGGAGGGGUCAUCACCUCGCCUGCGAACAAGGAUGACGAUAAGGGCACACCAACAGGUGCCAUCGUUGGAGGAAUCGCGGGUCUAAUCGUUAUCGGCGCCUUCCUCUUCUUCCUCCUUCGCCGAAAACGCAACAAAUUUGACAAGGAAUUCGACGGCAACUUUGACCCGGACUACGUCACCGCCGCUGCAGCCUCGGGCGCAAAAAAGCCGGGUUCGGCUCACAAACGCAAAUCCGGAUCGAUGGAUGCGAAUAUGCGGCAAAGGGUUAACCUUGAUGAUCCUGCCAGCGGCAAUGGGAAUGGAGGUGGUCUUGAGGCGGCGUUGGCGGAGGAUGAUGGUAUGGGAGGAAGGUUGGCUGCGAGUACGGUUGGUGGAGGGAUUGUUACGCCUUUCCCGUAUCCUCAGCAGCAACCCCAGCAGCAGCCGUAUCCUCCGACGUUCCCGCAGCCUCAGCAGCCGUAUGGCCAAUACAACAACAACAAUGGUGCGGCUUCGGUACCUGUUGGUGGAGUGUACGGUCAGAGCCCGUAUUCGCCGCCUAUGCCGACUGUCAGCCCGCCGCCUUCGGGUAGCGUGAACGGGCACAGCGCGCAUGGGCAUGGGGUUAACUACUAUGAUUAUGCGAAUCAGGGAGCGUACGGUGGGAUCCAGGAUCCUCGACAGCAGGGAUAUGGAGGUGUAGUGUCGCCUGUCUCGACUGGCGAGGGUAAUCCGUACCUCGGCGGGCACAGCGCGUCGAGCCAUGCAGGAAGCCACUACCCCUCGCCCUCGCUUUCGUAUUCGAACCCGCAGAAUGCGGCUACAGCUGCUGCGGUAGCCGCUGCGGCUGCCAACACGCGCAUCCCGCCUUCGAACACGACUGCGACGACCACGUCGACGUCGAGCGAUGGAGGGAGGAAGACGAUGAGUGCGAAGGAGAGGGAGGCGUUGGGGCAGAGGGGGCCGUAUGUUGUUAAUGUUACGGACGAGGAUGGGGAGCGGGGGUCGGGGUCUGCGAGGCCUGUGGCGCAGAGGGAGGCGACUGGAGGGAGUGUGGGUUCGGGGCCGUUGCCAUCGCCGUAUGAUACGCAGUCUGACGGGAAUGGGAGUGGGGGCAACGAUGUGCCGCCUGUUCCCCCUGUUGUGCAGCAUAAGGAUGGAGGGAGGGUUGAGCCGCCGAGGGUGCAGGAGGAGGAAGAGGAGCCACCGGCGGAGAUUCCGCCUGCGUAUGAUAGUAUCCAGUAUGAGGGUGAUACGUCUAGGCGGUGA